AUGGCCGAGAUGGCUUUGUACUUCCGAGAGCUCAGACACAAUGGGGAUUUCUGCCCAUCUUGUGUUCAUCAUGGGUGCUACUACAUCAUCGCCUUGGUGGACGUCGCGAAGCUGAUCAGUGCCAGCUCGUCCUCAGAGGGGCUGGCAGCGAAGGAGAAACUCCGUGUCCUGCUCCUCUGCAGAUCGCGCCUGCGCACAACCUCCUCUGAAUGGGCAAUGCUGUUAGUCACCCUGCUGCUCCUGCACCUCCCCUCUGCCCUGACCACAGGCAUUUCAUGGGAGCAGCAGCACGAGCCUUCACCCGCCGGCUUCCCCAUCGCCGCUAAGACGCCAUGUCCUCUCCCGCGGGCUAUGGACUCCUCUGUGGAGCUACUUCACCUGGUGUCUCGGGGUAGUCACGGAUAUGAUUCUGACAUCUGGUCAUCUCCCAAUUCCUUGCCCAAGGGAGGUGAAGCCCCGCAGGAAGUGGCCUGCCCCUUGGGAAGCCUGACCCAGGUGCAGCAGCCGUUCCCUGAGCCAGCCCAGGAUGCUCCCCACUGCCCGAGGAGAAGGCCAAGGAAGUUCUGGAUGAAGACCAUCCACCCCGACCUCCUGGCUCACUGGUUUCUGGAGGAAAACCUGAGCACCUUGGAGCACAAGGGCCAAAGGAACAGGAAGAUCCCAGCUGCCAACAGCCAACAGGUCUUUAAUAGCAACCCAGGUGCUCGUUCUGCUGGCACAGCCUCAGCUUCAAGUAUGGUAGUGAGCACCAGGAUGCCUGGCACUGGGGACGGUACACGGCUGAGGCCCGUUGGAACUUACAACACUGCAGCCCCUGUGGAUGUGCGCCGUGGCACCCCUAAACCUACACGAGAGGAGCCACUGUCCAGGCAGGAAAUGGCAUUGGAGACACAUCUGCUGCUAGCCGGGGCCCAUCCAGCCACCGCACAUCCAUCGUGGUCCCCAGCCACUGCCCACAUCGCCGACAAGACUGAAGAAGGUGUCCCUGCUCCUUCAACCUCUGCAGAUAAAAUGGAGAGUCUGGAUGUGGAUAGUGAAGCUGAGAAACUCUUGGGUUUAGGACAGAAACAUCUGGUGAUGGGAGAUGUUCCAGCAGCUGUCAAUGCGUUCCAGGAAGCAGUUAGUCUUCUAGGUAAGAAAAUGGAAAAUGGUGUACGGGGAAACGCCUUAGAAGGUGUGCAUGUGGAAGAGGAAGAAGGAGACAAAACAGAUGAAUCUCUGGUAGAAAAUAAUGAUAAUAUAGAUGAAAUUGAAGGUUCAGAAGAAGAGGAUGAAGAACAUGACAAAGCUGAAGAAACACUAAACAGUUCAACUCCUGAAAACAAAUCUCUUCAAGAAAAUGAAGAGGGGGAGACUGGGAACCUAGCACUUGCCGGGGACAUGCUGGAUUUAGCAAAGAUCAUUUUUAAAAGGCAGGAAACAGAAGCAGCCCAGCUUUAUGCUGCACAGGCACCCCUUAAACUUGGAGAAGCUAGUGUUGAAUCUGAGAACUAUAUUGAAGCUGUGGGAGAGCUCCAGGCUUGCCUAAGCUUGCGAGAGCAGCACCUAGAUGCCCGUGGUCUCCUUGCAGAGACCCACUGCCAGCUGGGCUUGGCCUAUGGCUACAACUCUCAGUGUGAUGAGGCGGUGGCACGUCUGUUCAGCAAGUCUAGUGAAGUCAUUGAGAAGAGAAUGGCUAAACUAAAUGAACAGAUGAAAGAAGCUGAAGGAUCACCUAUGGAAUAUGAGGAAGAAAUGGAGGAGCUGGAAGAACAGCUACCUGAGAUUAGAGAAAAGAUAGAAGAUGCAAAGGAGGCCCAGCGUAGUGGGGGUGUAGCCGAAUUGGCUCUGGAAGCCACCCUGGUGGAGAGCUCUACCUCAGGUUUCACCUCCAGUGGAGGAGGGUCUUCAGUCUCCAUGAUUGCCAAUAGAAAGCCGACAGAUGGUGCUUCUUCAUCAAAUAUGACUGGUAUUUCCCACCUUGUCAGUAAAAAGAGGAAACCAGAGGAAGAAAGCCCCCGGAAAGGUGAGGCAAAGAAAGCCAAACAAGAGCCAGAGGUGAAUGGAGGCAGUGGGGAUGCUGUCUCCAGUGGAGGUGAAGUUUCAGAAAACAUGGAGGAGGCUGAGAAUCAGGCCGAACGGGCAGCAGUAGAGGGGACAGCGGAGGCUGGAGCUACAGUUGAGAGCACUGCAUGUUGGAUCAUCGAUUAUGAGAAAGGCAAAACCCUGCCUUCUGGGGGCCUGCACUCUAGAGAGCGGAAAAGAAACAACAUCUGGAAAUGA